GUUGGGAACACCUUCGAACGUGAACUGGGCAGGCGGCAAUCAAGAUCCAUGGACAACGCGGCGAACGACGGCAUUGUCCUUCCAGCCACGUCGGAGACGAGUGAGACCUCGAGGAUAGAUGGUGUCGACACUGAGGUUGAAACCGUUCCAUCGGUUCCUACGGCCGAGACGGCCACGUCCCUGCAGAACGGGCAACGGAAUGAUGACGACGACGACCGCACAGUCUCAGCGAACAUGGACAACAACAGUCCUGUCGAUCUAACAAGCGCUUCGAUUCCUGCCGUGGCCGAGAAAGGGUCGAACCAUGGAGAUCAUGACUCGGACACUGUGACAACGGCGAAACCGACCAAAUCCCAGCCCCGCAAGCAACAUGCGACCAAGAAACCCGUUGAUACAUCGCGGUGGGACGACGUGUUUGAGUCCAUGUCGGCGCAGUUUCUCGCCAAGAGUGACGAAUUGAUGGCCCAGGACAAGGCGAUGUACGGCCAAGUAGCGUGGGCGAAAAUUCGCGGCUAUCCAUAUUGGCCUGGGUACAUUUGCGACCCGAAGAUGCUCGUGAACGACUACGUGUCGAUCCAAAAGUUCCUUCCGAUGAUGGACACGCACUUUUGGGUCUACUUUUACCAGGCGAACAACAGCGCGCCCGUGUUGCGGUCGCAGGUCGCGCUGUGGGAGGACACGUCCAAGCCGUACCAAGAUGGCUUUCCUUCUAAAAAAGGCAAGCCGCUCAAGAACCCCAAGUUUGACGAAGCCAAGGACAUUGCAGCGGUCGAGUUUCAACUGCCCAUCGAGAAGCGCGUGGCGUGGGUCGUUUUGAAAGUGCUGGACAAGGAGACGACGGGGGAAAAGCAGGCGCGAAAGCGAAAGGCCGCUGCCCAGCCCCCCGUCCCCCCUUCCACAGAGCAGUCACCACCUUUGGGAGACUGCGAAGCAGCGCAGCCCCCACCGAAGAAGCGCCGCGGCCGUCCGCCCAAGAAUCCCGUCGCCAACGCUAGCUCGGCGGAACCGCGCGGCGGUGUCGAUGGCAGAGCUGGACUUAACGCGACUCGAGCUGCUGCUGCCGCCGUCGUCGCUGCCACGCCAAAGAAGCGAGGUCGUCCCCCGAAAGCAAAGCCGAUUCUGCUGGCGGCCGACCUUUCAACACAAAAUGAACCUGUCCAACAACAGCCGAAUCAUAAGCCCAUUGCAAUUGAAACCACCACCACCACGAUCCCCCCCGUCAAAGUGAAAGGCAAACCUGGACGCAAACCUAAAGCCCAACCCCCGAUUGCAAAGAGCGACGAAACACCAACGACUAGUAGUACCACGGAUCAAGAAGGGCAACAGCCACCUCUGGACAUGAUUGUUGGUAGUGGUGACGUGGCAGUCCCAGACGCCAGCCCAACGGAACCAGGCCAACCACCAGAUGAGAUCAAGCAACCACGGGGCCGUUCGCCAAAGGAUGCGACCCCCAAACGCCGCGGCCGUCCGCCCAAAGCCAAAGCUGCCGUUGCACUUUUUCCGCUUGAAGUUCCACCAGUUGCUCAACCGACUCCAGCGAACGAAGUCGCUCCAACUGUCCAGGAUAUCUCACCAGUAACCCUCGACAAGUCGGAACCCACUACGUCUGUGGCAUCUACCGUCCAAGACACUUUGGAGCCAAUAAGCACCACCACCACCACCAUUGCAGUAGCAGCUACAGAUGGGGCGGAAGAGUCCACUCCCGCCGUGAUAGUUGAAGACAAACCCGACGCUGCUGGAAUGGUUGGAGCACACGACGACAACGAGAAUGAAGUCGAUGGGGCUUCCACCUCUCAAGUCGAAAUCCCCGCAAGAAAGCGAGCCCAAGUCGACGUCAAGGUACCAGCGUCAAAGAAACCCAAAAUGGCCAACGAGGUCACUGCAUCCGAGGCCACCACGCUCGAGGAAGCUGGUGGGACCGGUAGUAGUCCUACAAAGUCGGUUCUUGUGAUUCACAAGCUGGACCUGGACACGGCCGUGCAGUUGGCCACCGACUUGCAGGGGUGCGUGGCGGGCGAGUCCAAGGAAUCCGUGGCGUCGGCCUUGAACAUCAUGAACGCGCUGAUUGCGUCGACAGAGUUCUCGCUCGAGACGCUGCAAAAGUCGGGAUUGCCCGCGGUGAUCAACACUUUGCGUCAACGCGCGGUCAACCCGAACGUGAAAAAGACAGCCAGCGCCCUGCGAAAACACAUGAUGCAACACUCGGGGUAUGAAAAGCCCAAGCCCAAGCCGGUGGUGCCCCCCACGGCGUCGGCUGUGGACGACGAGGAAGCAAAGGACCCAUAUGUCGAGGGGACUGUCGACGUGGGUGCGCCGAACCCUUUGACUGUCGAAAGCGUACCAGAGGCGGCGCCCACGAAAGACGAACCGGACAACGUCACGACCCCCGAAGGGGACGACGGCGGCGUCGUGGGAACCGCCGCGCCGUUUGGUCGGGAUCGAGAAAUCGUCGUGGAAAUGAUCCAAGCCAUCAUCACAUCGCCCAAAGUCAGUCGCGAAAUCGAGACGGCGCUGUACGACCGAUUCAGUGACACGACGGAGGAGUACAAAACGCAAGCGCGGCGCGUGAUCUUUGGUCUGCGCGAUCACGACUUGUGCCGCCAAAAAGUGUUGUCUGGGUCGCUGCAUGUGAUGGAGUUGGUGUUUGCCUCGGACGAGGCGUUUACCCAGUACAAUCUAGCGCCGUGGAAGGCCAAGUGAUACAUUUGUAGGCGUGUAAUUAUAUUGGUACUGGAAACGUGUGGCUUUAAAACGGGCUGGUAUAUACAUCCUGGUGGUGGUACGGCCCAAACAGCGUGGCCAUAUUUUCCGCAGACUCCUUCUUCGUGUUGGGGGCAGCAGCAGAGAACGGCGGCGGCGGUGGUGUUAAGUGUGGUUGCUUGUCUUUUCGCUUGAACGUUUUGUUGAGCGUCAUAAACUUCUUCUUGACGUGGUUCAGGCCAGACGACGCGCUUUCUUUGGUCACGUGCCAUGCCAGAUGGCCUUCGAAUUUACGCAGCAGCUGCUUCCACGUGCACAGUUUGCCCUGGCACACAAAGUGAGGCAGCUCCAGCUCAAACCCGGUCAAGUUGACGACAAAACCCAGGCAGGAAAUGUGCAGGCAAAUGUUGCCGAUGCGCACGUAGUUGAAGUAAAACAACUCCGCGCCCGAGCUUUCGGCGAUUUCGUCGUCGUCGUCGGGGACCAAGUCGUCCGCCGCGUCGGUCGGCAGGGACGGCAGCCGCGCGAGUUCCUUCUUGCCAAACUUGGCCAUGGGGUUGGCCAUGUGCAACUUCAUUUCGUGGGCGGUCAUGGGUGUCUUGACUUGGUUGCCAAAGAAGAACUUGAACAUGAGUUCGUAGAAAUCCACGGCCAACUGGAUCGAAAUGUCAUACGGAAUGCCGGGAAAGAUGCUCACUUCCAGCAUGUCGAACACCCGGACGCCUGGCUGCGCUUGGCUUGGCGGUAGCGGCUUGCUUUCCGCCCGAAUCGACAGCAUCGUUUUGACUAGAAGAAUCAGCAACAUGAAU